CUCUUCUUCUUUCUCGAUUUCUCCACGCUCCCGAUAGAAGAGAGAGAAGCUUCCACAUUGCCGGCGACGACGACGCGCAUCGCCGGGGGUGCAAUCUCUCCGCCGCUAUCCCCUGUGAAGAUCCUCUGUAUCUCGGCGUCUUGCGCAUGUCUACGAAGCCCUCGCGCUCUCCCUUGGAAGAUGGUGUCCUGAGCACAGCUCUUGCUUUUAUGGAUGCUACAUGUGUAAGUUCCAACGGCGAAGCAGUAAAGUGUCUAAUGGGUGACGGUGAGGUAAGUAAUUUUGUUCUUAAGGUCGUGCUGGAGGAAGCCAUGGAUGGUCCUAUGUUUGCUAGCUCGGCUCCCAUGGAGAAGUUUGCGAGGGACACUACCAUGGACCUUGUCUCGCCGGUGGCCGGGGUGGCAAAAGCAUCUAUACUGGAUCUCGCUGUGGGAGAUCAGAUGCUUGAAGCAUCAGCCAACGUCCAGGUCGUAUCAGCCCCCAAGGGUGAAGCACGCGCGGACGAAGGAAUGGCAGAACUAACGAUCAAGAGAAUUAAGAUUUUUUUUCUAGAACUGAAGCAAUCAAAGAAGGACGUGAGGAAGCAAGACUUUUAUUAUCUUCCAUACCUAGGUCCAUCUGCAUCUUCCUCUCUGCAUGUCCUUAAUCCUGCAUCAUGGAGUUCUCCUUUCUGCUUUUUAAAAUAUGCUACUAUGGGAAUUUAAUCUUAAGUUUUCUAGUUAGAAAAGGUUGGUAGUGAUCAAGGAGCUAAGAUAGUACCUGUGAUCAAAUAAUUAUAUAACUUAUACAUAUAUAUACAUCACCGCGCGGUUGGAUCGAAAAGCUCCCGG